ACGCACCCCUGGUGUUUUGUUGACAUUUGUUUGUUAAAGACAAAAACAGUGGCCACGCUCAAUAGUGUGGUCUGUAUUUUUGGAAAUCGACGAACUAACAGACUCUUGAUCCGUGGGUCAUCACUAAAACAACACAAGGAAGGUUAAACGAUUUCCGGUGAAGACAAGAGAAGGAAGUAAGAGUCAAGAUCAUGGAGAGAAGCAAGUCGGGAACAAAACAAACCGUGUCACCCUGACUACACCAGAGGCUGAAUCAUCCACGAGCUAACCGGCUUCCAGACUCUCGGCUUUGGAAGACAUCUCUUAUGAAAAGUGAUCRACAUUCACUAGUAAACUUACCGAAGCUCAGUGGACUGAAAUGUUACUCGGUUGUAUUUUUUUUUACGCAUCAUGUAAGGUUACACAAGCGCUGUCCGUCAGAUUAGCUGGUUAGCAUCCAGAUGCUAACUACCUCAACACAUUUUUAGCUGUUUUCGAGUGCCAAGUGUCUAUAGAAUGUAGCGUAAGUCGUCAUUUUUGAUUACUUUUGUAUAGUCUUUACUACAAGAAGCUUGUCAGUUCUGAGUGAAUGAAGAAUAUGAAGCACAAUGGCUAACUUUGAAGCCUAUCAGGAGUAUCAGAGGAUUGAGGACUUCGAGGAAGACUCCCCGCCAGGAGAGGAAAACUUACUGCUGCAUGUACCUGAAAGCUUAAAAGACUCAUGGCACCAUAUCAAGAACUUGGAUAACUUCUUCACAAGAAUCUAUCAUUUUCAUCAAAAAAAUGGCUUUGCCUGUAUGAUGUUAUCAGAAUUCUUUGAACUUGUCCAGUUUUUGUUUGUUGUUACGUUCACUACAUUCCUUGUCAACUGUGUGGAGUAUGAUGUUCUGUUUGCCAACCGAGCAGUCAACCACACGGGACAAGGCCAAAACCCUCUGGACAGAAACAAAGUCACUUUGCCAGACGCUCUCUUACCAAGCCAGCAGUGCACCCAGAGGAUACAAGAGAACAGCUGGAUCAUCUUCCUUCUCAUCAUGGCAGCCAUCUUCUGGAUCUAUCGCCUUGUAAAGGUCUUUUGCAAUCUUUUGAGCUUCUGGGAGAUCAGGCAGUUCUACAUCAAAGCACUGAAGAUCAAUAUGGAUGAACUAUGCAACUUCACAUGGCAGGAAGUCCAGGACCGACUCAUCAGUCUGCAAAGAGAACAGCAAAUGUGCAUUCAUAAGAAGGAGCUGACAGAACUCGAUAUCUAUCAUCGUAUUCUUCGUUUUAAGAACUACAUGGUGGCCAUGAUAAAUAAAUCUCUGCUGCCGGUGCAGCUGCAGCUCCCCCUCCUGGGCAAUGUGGUCUUCUUGACCCAGGGCUUGAAGUACAACUUUGAGCUCAUUCUUUUCUGGGGCCCCGGCUCCUUGUUUCAAAACAAGUGGAACCUGCAUCCCAAGUACAAGCGCAGCGGCAACCGCCUGGAGCUGGCCCAGCAGCUGAGCAGGGUCAUCCUGCUCAUCGGUUUGGCCAACUUGCUGCUGUGUCCUUUCAUCCUGGUGUGGCAGGUGCUCUACGCCUUCUUCAGCUACACGGAAGUGAUCCGCAGGGAGCCCGGGAGCCUGGGCGCGCGCCGCUGGUCCCUGUACGGGCGCCUGUACCUGCGUCACUUCAACGAGCUGAACCACGAGCUGCAUGGGCGCUUGGGUCGCGGCUACAAGCCCACCUCCAAAUACAUGAACUCCUUCACGUCGCCGCUGCUAACCGUGCUGGCCAAGAACGUGGCCUUCUUCUCGGGGUCGGUGUUGGCCGUUCUUAUCGCGCUGACCGUUUACGACGAGGACGUUCUCACGGUGCAGCACAUUCUGACCGCUAUCACUGUUCUAGGAGUGGUUAUUACUAUUACCAGGUCUUUCAUCCCGGACGAGCAUAUGGUGUGGUGUCCGGAGCAGCUCCUGCAGUGUGUGCUGGCACACAUUCACUACAUGCCAGACCACUGGAGGGGCCACGCUAACAAGAGCGAGACCCGCGACGAGGUGGCACAGCUUUUCCAGUACAAAGCGGUGUUUAUCCUGGAGGAGCUGCUCAGUCCCAUCGUCACACCGUUCAUUCUCAUCUUCCUCCUGAGAAAUAAGUCUCUAGAAAUCAUCGACUUCUUCAGGAACUUUACUGUGGAGGUGGUUGGAGUUGGAGAUAUCUGUUCGUUUGCACAGAUGGACAUUAGGCGACAUGGAAACCCAACAUGGAUGUCAGAAGGCCAGACGGAGGCAUCGAUAUACCAACAGGCUGAGAACGGCAAGACCGAGUUGUCCCUCAUGCAUUUCACUAUAAAGAACCCACACUGGCAGCCACCUCAGGAGAGCUCGUUGUUCAUAAGCCACUUAAAGGAGAAGGUGCAACACGACGCGCAGGGUGGGCCCUCCACACAGCUGCUGCUCUCUGAGGCCCCCCUCUGCACAUCACUGCAGUCCAACGAGUCUGCCACCGGGCCUGAAAAUCUUUUAGCCAGUGUCCUGGCCCACCCUAUCCUCACUGCAUCUGGACUACAAGGGCGAGACCACCGCUUCGUCCCAUCCAGCACUGCUGCGUCUGCUGCAGCCAGCGUCCUGGCCUCCUUAUCCACCUCCCAACUUCCACACAGCAGCCGCGGCCGCUCCCACGGGCUGCUGCCUUCCUCCAUCCACCCCGAGACCACCAUGUAUCGCAGCGAUCGCACGAUUCUUAACAGCGAUUGUCACAUCCGGAGCAACGCGCUGCACUCAGAGUUCGCCUCUGCAGAGAUGAGUCUCCAUGCCAUCUACAUGCAUGAGCUCCAUCAGCAGAGCUCUCACUCACAGAGAACGUCGGGACAGUGGAACGCUUCAGUGCCGCUGAGAGAUCUGCACACAAACACCAGUUUUCAGAUUCAAAGUGGCCAUGGCUCCAGCAUGUCCAUGCCCAACCCAGUUCAACUGGGCGACUGGAAAGAAGAGGAAGAGGAGGAUGAAAAUGAUCAGGAGAUCAACUGUGGAUCUACUCCAAAACAAGGCAUGGGAAGUAGUUGUUAAAGUGCCUUUGUCAUAAGCGUUUACAUUUUUCUUUCUUCACUGAACAUUGUGGCCUUAGAUGAUCGUCAUGGAGAGUUCAGGCAUGGACCUUUAAAACAUCACACAGAGUUCGUUGCAGGAGGGGUUUGUUGAUGAAUAACCACUGUCUCCACGUCUCAUCCUGUCAUAUAAGGCAGACUUGUGUCAUCAGGGAAACCAUAUGUCUUCCGUCCAGUUUAUCCUAUUGUAUCAUUAACUUGUACAAACCGCAAAGACACAUAAAACUCAUUUGGUGGAUAGACAGUGUGAUGACCUAUGACGUCUUUUUUCUUUUCUUUUUGUUUACAUUGGAAUACUUGCCUCAUCACAGCCUCUGCCGUGCUUCUGUGUGUGUGAUUCUUCAAGUAUUUGUGCAUCACAGGAUUUUUCAAGCCCCCACCCAAYACAUCUUUGUUCGAAAACACAAAGACUGCAUGUUAUAUCUAUCUGAUCAGAUUUGAUGAUCUGGAAGAAAAAAAAAAACAAUAGGGCAACGUGCGUUUGAUGUAAAUACAUUCUGCAUCCUAUUUAUGGUUAAAAUGGUCACUUUUUUACUACCAAAUUUAAUUCUCGAGAAAAAAAUACCAACUAUUGAUAGAAUAAAACGCUGCCUAUAUAAUACAUACUACUAUGUUGUCAGAUAAUAGGACUGAAAUAAACUGCCUGUAUUUUGUUGCUCCUACAGGUUUCGCUCAGUAUUACUAUUGUAGGUGAUCCUUUGCUUUUCUUCAGACGGAAAAGAGAAAUGAACACCGAAUACUCUUACCAACAAAAUUUCAAAUGCAGACAGAAGAUGCCUGUUAAGUCUAUUGAAGCUGAACAUAAGGUCAGCUUUAUGGCUUCACACUGCAUAGAAAGAAGUAUUUAAAUACCAGCUAUACUUAUUACCUCAAUGGUGGUGAAGAUAAACUCAUUCUCAAACAAUACCUCUGCAGUGUAAAGGUUUGUGUGUAAAUAUUAUAUAUAGUUUUUUUUUUGCAAUUGACAGAUGCAUCUUUUAGCUGCAUUUGAAUUUUUGUGGUAUUUUACUUCCAUAUUUUCUAACUCAGCAGAAACUAAUAAAUAAAUAAAUCAGCAUUAGCAUUUUUUUUAACAAACCAGGAUGGUAUUGCGUCUGCAAAUCUUUAUUGCGCUUUUUUCUCACUUUAUUAUUAUUAUUUACAAACUUAUCAUGAAAAUAGAACAGAGGGGCUUAUAUCUGACCAUUGUCUUUGAAUCGGAUUGCUUUUAAAAUUGCAGUUGCUUUAAACUGUUUUUUUUUUCUUGUAAAGAAGGGCAUGAAGAGGGGGAAAGCCACCAUCGUUUAUUAGCUUUAAGAAAAUUGACUUGUCUUUUCCCGUUUAUGUAACCAGUAAAAGGUUUAUAUGUAUUAUUUAUUUGAAAAAAAAAAGCAUUUUAUUGGUUUGAGCAAUACUUUAUUAAAUGUCCCACCUGGCUUUUUGCUUUAAUUUGAAUCUUUCCAAAAAAAAAAGGAAAAAAAAAAAACAAUGCCCAGCUACAUGAUGUUGAAUCAUUUGUAUAUAAGCGUUAGCAUGCAAUGUAAACAAAUCCCAACAAACACUGUGGCCUGUCAAAUGAUCAAUGUUGAUAUGAAGAUGUCUGUUUCUGUCACACACCUGAAUGAGCUCCCAUGGGUUUUGCAGUCGAUGUGUAUUUCUGUUUCUUUAUAUUGUAAAAACACUGGAGCCCACACUUUAUGGACAGUUUAAACAGUCUCCAAAUUCGCCCCCAUUUAGGGUUCAUUGUUAGCCAUUAAUCAUUUUCAGUGCCUUAGUAAUAAUUGUUUUUGCUCUUUUAGAAGCUGUCUCAUCUAAAGCAUCAAAUCUUCUUUUAUAGACUUAGCACAAACAUUUGACAUUGUAUUUGAUUCUGGAUGUAGCAUCAAAUGCGUUGUGGGUUAUGAGAUAAAUUGCUAAAUAAUGUUGAGCACUUGUAUCAGUUUUUGCGUCAGGCAGCAUUUUUGCUUCUAUUCCUGUUGUCUGGGAUUGCACUGUCAUAAAAAAAAUAACCUAAAGAGGUGGGAGUUUGACUUUUAUUAGGCCAUCAUACAAUAGUUUGUUUUUGUAUCACUACACACCAGUCAAAUAAUCACUGUGACUGGAAUAAGGUGCUAAGUUUUCAUCCUGAGAUGGUGAAUCUGGUUGCGUUUGCAGUAUGUUUUGUUUUUCUUUCCAAGUUUGMGUUUCAUCUGUACAUUAGGCAUUAACUGACAAAGGAAACAUGCCAAAACAACUUGUUUUCAGCACAGUUUUGUUAUGUGUUUUUAUUUGUGUGUGAAUAGAGACUAAUAAAUCUUAUUUUGAGUGUUAA